UUUUUUCUCUUUAAAAUAAUUUGGUAAAAGUAUUUCCUUUUUGUUCUUUCCCUUGAAACAAACAACCCACACUCUUUGUCUUCUUUGUGCACAUAAAGAACGACAGAGCUGAAGAACCGAAAAGGUACACUACUACUUGGAAAUCACAACAUUUUCUCAUUUCGCAAAACCGAAAGAAAAUGGUUGUUGAAGUCUAGAAUAAACCCUAAACCCCUCUUUGAAAGUUAGCUCUCAAGAAAAAAGAAAGGAAGACGACGACAUCACUCCCCUAUCUCUAUUCUUCAACUCUGUUCCCAAUCACACACACAUUCUUCAAUUUCACACACAUUCUCUCCUUAUCUAUGUAUGUAUAUGUAUUUAUAUAUGCAUAGGAUCAUUCACAUAUAUGUGCAUGUGUGUGUGUCAGAGAAAUUUGUUGUAAUUCUCACUUUUUUUAGUUAGAAGGGUUGUUUGAUUCUAUGGAAAAACAAUCACAUUUCUCUGCAACUUCAUAAAAGCUACUCUGGCUUUAUAUUUAAUAAAUCUGUAGCAGAGAGAGUGUUUGGGAGUGCAAUCUAAUGCAGGUUCUCGAGUUGUCCUGUAAUCUAUGGCUUCGAUUAAUGUCGAUGAGAUCGCGAGCAUUUAAAGCAUUGAGAUUUGAUUCAUCAGUCCAGUCCUAUUAAUUCACUCUCUCUCUCUAACACACACACACACACACACACUGUUUCUCUAUCUAUCAGUUCAAUCUCAGAAGAGGAGGAGGAGAGAGAAGAUGGGGAGAGCACCUUGCUGUGACAAAGCCCUAGUGAAGAAAGGAGCUUGGACUCCUGAAGAAGACAAGAUUCUGGUUGAUUACAUCACCAAGAACGGCCAUGGCAUUUGGCGUUCCCUUCCUAAGCUCGCUGGUCUCCUUCGAUGUGGAAAAAGCUGUCGGCUUCGAUGGACAAACUAUCUUCGGCCAGACAUCAAACGUGGCCCCUUUACUACUGAAGAAGAGAACACCAUCAUCCAGCUGCAUGGUGUGCUUGGUAACAAGUGGGCUGCCAUUGCAUCCAAACUACCAGGAAGAACGGACAAUGAGAUUAAAAACUUCUGGAACUCUCAUCUAAAGAGGCGACUCUUCUGCAUGGGACUUGACCUGCAGACUCACAGGCCAUCCUCAGAUUCAAAGUCACAGCCCCCAUCAAGUCGCCAUAUGAUACAAUGGGAGAAAGCCAGAGUUGAGGCUGAGACUCAGCUUUCAACAGAGUCAUUACUACUCAACAAGCCAUCAACAGGUGAAACCAACUGCGAUUACUUCCUCCGCAUAUGGAAUUCUGAAGUUGGAGAAUCAUUUCAAAAGAUUAAUGAAUGCGAUGGAGUGGUGUCUCAAAGCCCAAUGUCUCAUGCAUCCUCUUCGACAAAAGAUGGGUCGGGUUCAGGUAUCACAGCACAGGCAGCCCACACCAGGGCUAGUACCUCUAGUGACACUGCUGAUGUGCAAAAAAAUGUGGACUAUCUGGAUUCUCGAAACGAAGCAAAUCACAUGAUGGCUGGAUCAGACACCUCAAAUUCGCAUGAACCGGAUGAUUCCUCUUAUCUACUGCUAGAUUACCCCAGUGGCGAUGAUUUGGGAUUCCUAGAAGAACAUACAGAUGACAUAUCCAUUUUCCCGCAAAAGUAAAUAUGACUGCUUUUGAGUAGUGCAGGAAGUGCAGCUAAUGGUGCUUUGGAGCCCUAUUAUGUUAAUCUGUUAUGAACACUUAUGUUCAAUCUGGUUGGUUUACUGACUUUCAUCUUAUAGCUGCCUAAAUUUUCUCUUUUAUUUAAAAAAUGUGGGGCCUAAGAGAAAUCAAGUUAGGGGUAUGAGCAAAAAAAGAUUACCCAUUUCGAUGCCAAGUGGAAGAUUAGUAGAAAUUGACAGUUGGGGAAGCGAUUUUGUUCACUGGUUGGCUGUGCAAUUAUCCAUGCCAUUACAUUUUCCGACAGUAGGAAAACUAUGCAUUUUGAACAUGCAUGUAUAUAUCUGUUUUAAUCUUAUUUUGGUCCCCAAAAAAAAAAAAAAAAAAAAACAUUCUUUGUUUUUUUCUUUGCCUUCCAUUACAGUUAAUCUUGUAAUAUGCAGACAGUGGAGCAAGGACCACAAACACAUUGCAAGAAUUUGUAGGGUUUUCACAUUAGUGAUCACAUCCACAAGUGAAAAUAUAUGAUGGUCUUCCAUCUCCCAGAUAU